UUCAACUGGUGAACAAGUUUAUUCUUCAAGAACAACUGAUAGCUGACAACAACUGACUUCAUUGAAUGGGGAGACACUAGAAUUCUUUAUUUUCUGUUGGGAAGGAAUUUUUGUUUCAAAACAAGUCAAGAAAUUGUAAUCUGUAUAGACAUGGACGAGAGAAUUGGGUCGUGGAAAGUUUUCCGUGUCAUUUUGGCCGGAAGAACAAAUGGCGCUCAUCGUUCAAUUGUUCAAAAGCUUAAAGACAUUGGCCAAACUGAGGAAACGUCUAGAGAAGAAAGUGACUACUGUGUGGUUUUCUGUCCUGUGGUUUCACGAGUCGGGACAGACAUUGCUGAGGCCCUCAACAAACUACCUUUUGAUAAACCUGCAAUUCUGGUGGUGAUGCAUCACACCUACAAUCCACAUCAUGUUGUAGCUAAAAGCCAGAGUCAGGUGAACAACUCAAAUGUCCAUUUGACUGUGGAUUGUCUGUUUUAUGAGGACCACCUGCUUGACUGUGACCUCAAUAAUAUCAUGUGGAAUGACAUCCGGAGAACUUUUAGAUCUCCAAAUCGCCAGACCCUGUCGUUGCAAAGCUUCCAAAAUUGUUGGGAGAAGCCAACCACAAAAUGGAUCAUUAUUGGUAUUUCUAUAGCAGUGGUGAUCAUUGUGGUUAUUGUGGCAGUCAGUGUGGAAAUGCAAAAGAAGAAAGAACCUUGAGGUGUGCCAUUAAUGUGCUCCAACAAAAAAACCUAAUAUCAGUAUCGAUUUAACAAUAUAUUUUUUUUUUGAAAGGAUAAGAGAUAUAAGCGAUGUAAUCAGCAAAAGGAUGUUGUUAUUGUGUUGUGAAGAUUUUGAAAUGAAACUUUGAAAAAAAAAAAGUUUUUUAAAGACUUGUUUGGAAAGACCAACUGUCUUUGAUAUUUUCCAGUUGUGAAUAACUUUCUUACCAUAUAAACGAUUUGUUUCUAUUUUGAAUUUUGGCUUACUUUGUUAAAUAAAUAAUGACACUAUGUAAUAUAUUGUAUAGUGUCAUCUAAGGUUGGAUAUAUGUUAUUUUAAAAUCUCCUAAUGGCCAGAUUAUUUUUUUAAAUGAUGUCCACCUGCUGUGUAUUACAUAUUGUGUCUAAAUUUUAAGAAGAUGUCUUUGUGGAACAUAUUUAAAGAAAAUAAUUUUCACAUUUUUCUGUAUACUCAAGAGCAGUAUCACAUAAUUUGGAACAAUGUAAACCAAAGUUCACAACCAAAGUUACAACUAUUAAUUUACUAUUACCAUGUGUAUUUUAAUGUGCAUAUUAUGAGUUUUUCAUUGUUUUAAUUUUAUUUAAUUCUAGCUUUUAAAAGUUUCUGAGUAGCUACACAAUCCAACAAUCACAACCACCGAGGUUUUUCAAAGGUAGUACAAUUAUUCAUGUAGACACAAAGAAAAGACAUAAAAUUCUUGGAGAGAGUGAGUAGUGUGACUUUGAUCACCAACUUCUACUACUAGUUUGCAGAGGAAUCUUAAGCUGACUUGUACUGGAGUCGUCUGACAACUGGCAACUUGCAUGUAACCUGGUGUAAUAUAUUGCCAGCAAUUCAGCUCUUCUGGUCUUUGUUUUCUUUCUUUCCACUUCAUGACAGCUCUGCUCUGAGCAGGGGAGGUCUGAAUGAGCAGGGUUUGGUAUCAUGAGGGCGGGGGCUGGAAGGAAGGAAAGGGGAUGGGGUGUUAAGGUCACGCCUCUGGCCUAAAAAGGCAAAGCAGAAUACCAGUGGACGUGAGCCGCUCUAAGAAUAACUCAGGGCCUUAGCCUUAGAAAUUGGAAACACACUAUGAACGUAAUAGUAAAAAUGUGAAUUCAGACUUUUAAAGUUUGCAACUAAAUACCUUUGAAAAUACAAAUACACAGAUUUGGGAUUUAUGAUACAAUUACAUAUUGUUUUAACACAUGUGAAAGCACUGUCCAUGCUGUGACCACGUGACUCCAACAGCAACAUAGGCUGGUGGGAUAAAGUUACACUGAAGCUCUCGCUCCUAGUCUCUCUUCUCUCUUUCCCUUCCAUCAUCCGUCAGUCCCUGUGCUCGGUCUAAUUCUGUCUGAGCCAGUGGAGGUGUGGGUGGGGGGACAAGCUGCUCUAUCUACAAUCCCAGCCCUAAGCAGGCAAAGGGCAAAGACACGGGCCACGUUAACUUGGUCUCUGUCUGUCUCCCCAGCCUGAUCCACUGGGACAGACGUCAGCUUUCAAGACUUUUUUCCAAACCAAGACCCAUUAAAACUUUCUGAUGCCUGGAAAUAUAGUGCAGGAUUAAGUCCUGAGAAUGGACAAAGGGGAGUAGGGUUUCUGGUGGUGGCCAAUGGUUUAGUUUUUUCAUAUUCUCAUAUAUCACAAACCGUUUGGAUGACGUUGCUGGAUUGGAAUUAAACACUGGAUUAAAUUGUGCAGACGAUCCAAGAAUUUACCACAAGUAUUUGUUUUCAUGGCAACAAAAUCUCCAUAAAGGAUUUAAGUUUUGUAACAGAAUAUUUAUUUUGAAACCAUGACUGAAACAGCUGAAGCACGAACAUCGACCACUACAACCAUGGUCCUCGACCACAAGAACGGAGAUGCUGGGGCACCACCUGUGCGGGUGUUGAAGAAAUCUUUUACAGAUGACUUUUACUCUACUUUCAGCUCCCCGCUGGCCUGGAUCUUGGUUCUGGCUCUUAUCAUUACUUGGUCUUGUGUGUUCGUCAUUAUGUUUGAUCUAAUGGACUACAAGACCAUUUCAGGAGGCCUCAGCAAGAUCAGCUCAGACCCCAUGAAGGCGGUAAACGAUGCCGUGGACGAAUCAUCAAACAUAAUCACAGGAAUCUUGAAAUUUGCUGCCAACUUAAUUGCUCCAGACGACGAUGAAGGAACUCUAUACGCAGUCAGAAAAAAAGGAGAAUUUCUACCAUCACGAACUAAAGUCAUAGGAAUGCAAGCACAAAAGCAACCACCAAUGGCUGAAGUUCUGGAGGAUGAAGAGGGGGAGGGAGAGGCAGAGGGAGAAGAAGGGGAUGAAGGAGAGGAGGCUGGGGAGGGCGAAGAGGAGGAGGAAGAAGAGGAAUAUGAGGAAGAGGAGGAGGAGUAUGGAGAUGAAUAUGAGGAAGAGGAGGAGUAUGAUGAGGAGUAUGGAGAUGAAUAUGAUGAAGAGGAGGAAUAUGAGGAGGAAGAAGAAGUAGAUGAGGAGGAGGAGGAAGAGGGGGAGGAGGAGGAGGGGCUGGAGGAAGAGGCAGAAGGAGAUGAAGAGCAGGAAGGCGAAGAACUGGAGGAUGAGGAAGAGGAGGAUGAUGAUGAAGUUUCUCCUGAACCCAUUUCCACUUCUGAGGAUGAAGAGUCGGCUGUAACUUUACCCGAUGAAGAUGAUGAAAAAGAUGAAGAAGAACAUGAUGAAGAUGAAACCAGUGACGAUGAACUUCUUUCCAGUGAAGAGGAAGAGGGGGAGGAUGAGCUGGAGGAUGAUGAAGAAGAUGAUGAAGAUGAUAGACUAGCUGAGGGUGUUACUGAUAGCGAUGAUGUCAUUGCAGAAGACACUAGCGAUGACCUGGAUCUUCCUCCUAUUGUAGCUGGUAGUGAGGAUGAGGAAGAUAUUGAUCACAAACUGGCAGAGGAUGAAGAUCUUUCUCCUCUUCCUGCUGAAGAUGAAGACUUGGAAGAAGACAUAAAAGCUGUAGACACAGACGAGGAGGAAGAUGAUGAUGAGCUGGACCAAUCAGAUGAGGACAUCUCUGUUGCAUCCUCUGAACACUUUGCAGAUGAUGAAGAUGAUGAGGAAGACCGUAAAGAUGAUGACCUUGACCUGGACUUUGACAAAGAUAUCCUUGAAGACCUUAAACACAAAGAUGCUCAAGACAAACCUGAUGUCACUAAAGAGAGCAUCCCUGAUGAUGACAAAGAGGAAGAGGAGGAGGAAGCUGGCAUUCCUCCCUUUGCGAGCACAGACAGCGGAGUCUUAGGUGAUGAAGAUGAUGAGGAUGACAUUUCCUUUGAUACGGAUGAGGACUCCACUGGAGAAAUAAUCCUGAGUGACUCUUCUGACACAACUGAUGAUAAGGAUGUGGAUACAAGCUCUUUGGAUGAUGAGGAUGAAGAAGACGAGGAUGAAGAUGAAGAAGAUGAUGGUGUCGGUGAAAUCUUGAUGGCAGCUGCUGCUGCAGGAACAUUUACUGUCCAGGAGGAGGCAGCAAAGACUGAUGAAGACCAUGAAGAAGGGGAUGAGCUCAAAGAGGCUGAAGAUGAAGGGAAGACUGAAGACACAGAAACAAAAGCAACAGGCACCACACGGCCAGCAGCUCCGGAGGAGAAGGAUGAGGGCAAAGAUGAAGAGCCAAUUUCUAAACCCGACAAAUCUGUAGAUGAACAGGAAGACAAGAAAGAGGAGUACGAUGAAGACGAAGAUGAGGAUGAGAAGGCAUCGGUGGAUGUGAUCAAACCUGUUCCUGGACCAGAGGAGGCAGCACCAAAGACGGAACCCACAGUGUGUCCCUGUAUGCACUCUGCAAAGACCAAAGAGUCUCCCACUAAGACUGCUAAGGCAAAAGAUGCUCCCAAGAGAGUUUCUGCUGUGAGAAGGAGAAAAGAUCGGGAAACUGUGAGGACUGUAAAGGCUUUAAAAACAGCUGAGAAGCCCAAACGGACAGCUCUUCCCAGAAUGACUGGUCUGCCUGCGAAAACAGCAAAGAUCCGAAGAUUUCCUCCUUUUCUGAAAGCCAAGAAAGUAGAUAAACCCAAGGCUUCCAAAGCAAAGACAGAGACCAAAAAGCAAGAACAGGUCACAGACUCUGGACAAGAAGUUGGGCCUUGCAGACCUGCACCAGUCUAUUGCCCGUCCCCACCUGGAUGGUAUGUUCAUCACAUAGUCACAGACAAUCCUUACCCUCCUCCCACCAUGUCAGCUCCCUCUGCUCCUGUACUGACCGCCCACCCUGUCCAUCCCGGAGCCCCACAGACACAGGGUGUUUAUCAGCAGCAGCCUCCGCCACCACCAAUGCAUCCACUGUACGCACAGUAUCAACCAUAUCAGCCACCACUUCAGCCUGUGAUGCCGCCUCCACCAGAUCCAGUUCAACCGCUCCAGCCUGUACAGCCAGAAGCUGCAGAAGAAGAAGAAGAAAAAGCUCCUGCCCAACCUGAGGUCCCGACUCCAGCUGUUGAAGCUCAGCCUGCUGAAGCUCCGGUUCAAGAACCAGAGGCUGCUGAGGAGGACGUGAUUGCUGUCUCCACAAAGAAAGCAAAAAAGACAACAAAGGCUGCUGAUUCAGACAAAGAGCCAGGAGCAGCCAAAGGGAAAACAAAGAAAGACGCUGCUGUUUUGGAAGAGAAAACCAAAGAAGACACCGCAAAGAAAGUGGCAGCUGCUAAAAAAGACAAAAUCAGAAUUGAUGCAGGGACAAAAAAAGAUCCAUCUGCAAAACAUAAAGCUAAAAGUGCUGCAGCUCCUAAGAAAGCGCCUGCGGCUGAACGACAGAAGAGGAAAGCAGCCUCUGAAAAGACAGUGGCACCUAUCAGGAGCAAAGUGAAGGCGUCGACAGCUAAGACAGAUCCAGAACCACGUCCACAGCCACUCAGACUGAGACCGAGACUUGACAUUGGCAGGAGGGCAAAUGUAACCUCUGAGGCCCACGAGGAGAAACCUGCCAGAUCUUCAUCUGAACCAGGCCAAGCAGAGAAGGCUGAAAAGAAAUCUGUCAAAGAGUCUCAAGAAAAAGAGAAACAAGCAUCAAAAACUGAAGAGCUCAAGAAAGAAGAAAAUAUUACAGAAAAGAAGAAACCUGGACAGAGAUUCUUCCAGUGUGUUUAUGUCCCGGGCAAAAAUGCCCAGUACCCUUUACGACCUUUCACUCCAGCCAUGUCCCCCACCAUGAUGUCUCCUGCACUCAGAGCCAUGUUGGAGCAGCAGAGAGCAGCCAGGGCAUCUGGGCAGUAGGACCACCUGAAGCCUCUAUAUAUAUCUGAUAGCACUUCAUCUUUCCAUCCAGCAGGGGGAGAUGUUUGAAUCUGUGCUAGCUUUACAUUCAGAGGAUGAUCACAGAGAGAGAGAAAAAAGUGGACAGACUUACUUUGUCUUUAAUUUAUUGAAAUAUUUAGUGGUUGAGCUCCUGGGGUUGCUGUUAAUAUUGCCCAUUUUACCCUCUGCUUAUGCUGCUCUACUAUACCUAUUUUCAGUAAGAAAAAUGCCAUCUUGUGAAUAUUAUUUUAAUUAUAAAUAGUAUUUAUAAUGUAUAUAAUGCAUGUUUUUAAUUUAGAAUGGGAUAAAUGGGUCACAUCUUAGCAUGUAAUAUAAAACUGUUUUUGUGUUGCUCUCCGUGAUGCCCCUUAUCAGAUUUAACAGUAAUUUAAGGCAGUUUAGUUUAUAUCCAAGCAAACACUUAUACUCUAUUAAGACAAGGUUUUACUGUCUAAGAUUAUUUGCAACAGGAAAAUAUAUUACAUUGAAUUGAAUGUUAAUGUUAGUAAACCCAAGCAAAUACAUUACAUAAAAUAAGAUUGAAUUGAAAAGUAUUUUUUCCCAUUUUUUCAUAUAAAUAACUGCAUUUUCAGUUCCUGUAACCAUGCCCCGUGUUUGUUUCUGCGGCUUUGCUGCAUCUGCAAUAGAACAGAAUGCAAAUGUUGGAGGGUCAAAUCCCAGGAGCUCCCACAUUGAUCCGAGCAGCAUCCCUGUCACUGAACAUCCAUCAGCCUCAUCAAUCGUAGGCGCAUGCUGUGAUUGAUGGACACAUAUGUCUUGACAUAUUAUGAACACAUCUAGCAUGAAACUGUUGGCCAUUUACCUUUCACCGCUAAUGUUUUUUUUUUUUUUUUUGUAGAGGUUCAUUUCAAUAUGUUACAUGCCACAUUUUAACUUGUGACUCCACUUAAAGUGGUGUAUUGGAAAUACUGUAGACUAGUAGAUGAAUAAAAUAUAGAAGAAUCUGAAAAAAUAGAUAUUUACUAACAUCCAAGAGGCGCCCAAAAGAUUUGUAUAUCUGUAUGAAUACAAACUCAAUAAUGCAAUGCAGUCUCAUUACACAUAUUGGAGCUGCAAAAUUAAAUAAACCUGCAUCCAAUUAAGAAACAUAUUUAAAUGAAACAUAAAGCUAAGUAAGAAAAAGGGGAUAUGAUUUUUUAAAAUACAUUUUCUUGUGUAUAUACAAUAAUUAUUAAAUAGUCUAGGUUCUCUGUGUAACUUGAAGCAGCUUGUAUGUGGGACUGUGGGCUUCCCAGUGGUGGUUUAUUGGCCAGGAAAUGAGUAUGCAGCAAAAUCAGCAAUGUUUUUGUGGCGCCUCAUUAGGUGUAAUAAAUUCAGAAAACCUGUUUUUGAUUUGUUUUUCUUUUAAAGCCAAAGAUUGCAAUGCUGUGCUUUUAUCUUAAAAAUGAAGUGCAAUUCCUGGAUAGUAAAUGUCUUGUAAUGAUGUGUUUUAUCACAGAUGACCUCUAAUUACUUACAAGUAUCAGCUCCUCAUGUUCAGAGGCAGGGACAACUUUGAUGUGACCAACUCAUGAGACACUGUGAUGUCUGCUACACUGAAUGAAUGUCAUUUGUGUUAAUCAUCAGCUUAUUUAUUAAGUCUGAUCUUGUCAUAUUUCUUUUUACCUCAGUCAUUCAUAGCUCUGGUUUUGUACCUUAUAGCAACAUGGCUGCCUUGUUGACACUGCCAAACUGUUGCUGAGCAUCACCAGUGAUUUCUGUCGCCGUCUUACUGAAUGAAAACUUGAUGAAAAGAACCAAAAAAGGUGUUUUUAAGCUGGGCUUAAUCCUGGGAUAUGACCCACUCUUGCCCAGAUUGUGCUGUCACAUUCACCUUUUAACAGAGUGAGUUCCUAAAGACACACAAAUCUACUAGUUUUUAAUAGCUAGUCCAUGCUUUAAAAAAAUGCUUUUGACACUCACGGCCAGAGUAAAGACAACGCAAAGCACUCAUAUUGUUGCAUUUUUAACAUAUUAUGACCCUGUGGAUUGAGCUACAUCAAUUAUUAAGAUGUUAUUUUAAAUUUGAUUUUUGUUUUUGUUUUUGAGGUAUGGCAGUGAAGUGCGGCUCAACCAGAGGUUCUUGAAGUUAUCAGGGCCAGGGACCUCUUAGAGGGGUGAAAGUUUUCCAAGGUUCCCCUCAUAAUCCACAUUCAAAGCAGUUAAGAUGCUUUGAACCUCGUGUUACUUGUUGUUGUGGACUGACUCAGAUAUUUCCCUAUGCUAUCUUGCUAGGUAGUCAUCUAACUAAUACGCCAAACUAUGCAGCAGAACAUUUCUGCUGUCCUUGAGUGUUGUUACGGAGUUUCUACCAAACUGACUCAAUGCACCACAUUGAUAUCAGACUCUCCAUUAACCCAAAGACAACUUUGGGGAUAAAAAUGGACUCAAUAUAUAUUCAUAUUUUUUUAACUGUGAAAUUGUUACCAUUCAUUAAAAUCCACUUUUAAUGAUGCAGCACAGAUUACUCAAUUUAAAGCAAAUUAUUUUCAGACCCCUCGGCUAUGAGAUAUCAACCGUAGGGCCGACUCACCAUUGCACUUGCUAAUCCUAACUGUAUUGUAACUUUUUCUAAAACUGCUUUUUUUAAAGCCUCAAACUGUGUUUAGCGAGAAAUUGAAUUUUAGAGGUGAGUUUAAAGUAAGUUACUUGAAAACUUCUAUUUAAUUAUUGCAAACUAAAAAAUCAUCCUCCAGCUUAAUAACAUAAUUAGAAAUUUUUCUUGUUCUUUUUUAAGAGUUAGUUCUAAAUAAAGUGAUGUUUACUGAUAUGAACUGAACAUUUUCAUCACUUGUUUUACCAAUAAUUAGCUGCCAAAGAUCGCACAGUGGCCAUUUUGACUAAAACUAGUGUGUUGCAACAUUAAAGAAGGUCCUGCCCCUUUUAGGUGCAGGCCCAUAAUUUUUGUGAUAUUGUUACAUAAAUAACAGUUUUGAUUUCCUUAGACUCAAUCUAAAAGAUGAACAUAGCCAGUGUGACAUCACCCAUUGGUUUCUGGACUUUUUCUUUGUUUUUAUUUAGUUUAUUUCAUUUCAUUUUUCUUUAUUCCUGAGUUUAACAGAACAUUGAUUGUAAGGGUUUUUUGUAAACUCUCAUUUUAUAAACAAGUCUGAAAUGAAGUGUAUCCCUGAGGUUUCAGUAUUGCGCUCCAGGGGUGAGGUCAGCAGUCCUGAAGUGGUAAAGAAGCCUAAUGAGAUCUGACAUAAUGUACUGCUGCAACUGAUUGUAGGUGGUGUAAGUGUUUGUUGGAGUAAGUUAUCACCUUAAAAUGUGGUUUUUACUGGUGUUUUGAUUAAUCAUAUUCCAGAAGGGCGUAUCAGCAGUAGUCUGCUGGUGCCUCAGUGUUCUGAAGGUCCUCAAAACAUAUAAAACAGUAAUUACAGCAUAAACUGUGGCUAUGUGCUGUAAUUAUGUUUUAAAGUGUUAUUAACUGUAAUUUAACGUGAGUUAAACCGUGAUCUCAUACAAGAAAACGAACCAGAAGGAACACACAAAAACAUCAGAGCUCUAUCUAAUGUAACUCCAGGUCCUUCAUACAUAUUCAUGUGAGCCUACAGUUGUAAGGCUGAGUUCAACUUGACUACUCUACGUCCCUGAUUAUGUUUUAAGUACAUGCGUUUGGAUGGUGUUGUUAAAAGCAAGUGAUCUGCUUUUUCUUAUGCAUGUUUUUUUUUCUGAAAAGCUGUAGUGCAACACUUACACUUUUGCUUCACUGUAUUUCACUAUGAUGUGUUGCUGUCAUAUUUGUCUUUCAUUCUUUUAUUGGUUGGUAGUUAUCUGAAACUACAGACAAAUUCGUGUAAUUGAUCUGCGAUCUCCAAGGAGAAUAAAAAAUAGCUGGGUUUCUUGUAGAUACUUCAUCUGGGAUUGGAGUGCAGUUUAACACUCUUUAAAAAAGUCUAAUUCCACAAAAUACAGUUUGAGGUUGUUUUGUUUUGGAAGGAUAUAUUUUGUUAACAAAUUGUACUAUUUUCUGCAUGAUAAUGUCAUUUAUUUAAAUUCAAGGCUGCUUUUUUUGUAACACACAAGUAAGACUGCGGUGUCACAAAAAGCAGUCACUCUGGUGCUGUACAAAUACUGUAGAUAAUAGUUAAUGAGACUUAUCACUCCAUUAGUUCUCAAAGAUAAUAAUAAAUUUGUUAACACGUUUGCUCAAAAAACUGUUUUAAAUUAAAGAUGUUUUUUUUUCUUGUGCUUUAUCAAAUAUGUAUGAAAAUGAUGUUUUAUUAAGAGAAAGUAUGAACUACCUGCUGCAUGUACUAUAAAGCAGAUGUGUUUAAUUCACUCAGUCACUUUCCAGAAGCCAGUUAAGUGUCAUACCUGACAUUUCAGGCAAUAAUAUCAUUGGAGGGACAACACUGAGUCUGCUGUGCUUAUGUAGGAAACUUUUACCGCUAUGCAGUUUUUGUGUCAAAACCUGAAUAAAUUUUUGAAGAUA